UUGAUUAGAGAGUAAAAGACGUUAUAAAGCUUUCUUCUCUCUCUCUCUCUCUCUCUCCCUAUCCUCAAGUGGUUCACUCUUUCAUUUGAUAUCUCUCUCCUGUCUUUGUCUCUCUCUCUCUCUCAUCUUUCAAUUUUGCUUGCUUACUUACUUCAAGUUUGAACCUUUGUGUGUCUUUUUUUUCCUUCUUCUCCAUCACACUCUCUCAGUGUAGCUUCAGUGGACUGUUUGUUAGGGUUUAGCAGAGAGUGCGAGUGUUCUUCUUAUUUGCUACUAGGUAGAUGAUUCGAAUCUGAAGUUUCAUACAAAAAAAAAAAAAAAAAGGCUUCUGUUGAUCUGGUGGUAGUUCUAAGUGUUUCUUCAUCUUCUGUCUUAUCUCGCUGGAUCUCUAGCUUACGACUCUUGAGAUCUUUCUAGAUUCAUACAUUUCCUAGUUUGGUUUGGUUGUCUGAUCCCUUCAAAAGAGAGCCUUCUUUUGUGGUGUUCAUGCAAAGAAAUCUGAAAUUUAGAUCUUCAGAUUCAACCAAAGACACUCUCUGGAAAUGGAUUUCUUGAAAGUUCGAAACUUUCUCAAGUCAAAGAAGCCAAACCAAAAGAAGGAGCAAGAACAAGCAAGGAUUGACAACACAGUACCUUGUGUGACUGAUUCUACCAAAGGAGAUGAGAUCGAAGACGACGAGGACGAUGAUUUCAUCACCAAUGAGGUUAAGAGAAGGCUCAAGGAGUUGAGGAGAAACAGUUUCAUGGUCUUGAUCCCUGAAGAAGACGAACAAGAACAAGAAGACAAGGAGUCUUAUCUAGGCGAAGAUGAAGAAGGAGAAGACAAGUGUUCAAGUGAGUGGAGAGAUGUUGUCGCCGAAGGACUUCAAUGGUGGGGUGGUUUCGAUGCUGUCUAUGAAAAGUAUUGCGAGCGUAUGCUCUUCUUUGAUCGCUUAAGCUCCCAACAGCUUAAAGAAUCUGGCAUUGGAGUUGCUUCAUGUCCUUCAACUCCAUCCCCAAGAUCUGCAACCAAGAAGCUGCCAUCUCCUUUCCGAUGUCUUUCUCUCAAGAAAAUGGAUCUCCCCGACGAAGAUAUGGACCCUUGUCAAGAUCUUGAGACAGCCUAUGUUGCUCACCUCUGCCUCACUUGGGAGGCACUUCACUGUCAAUACACUCAGCUGAGCCACUUGAUCUCAUGCCAGCCCGAAACCCUGACUUGUUACAACCAUACCGCUCAGCAGUUUCAGCAGUUCCUGGUCUUACUCCAGAGGUACAUUGAGAACGAACCGUUUGAGCAUGGGACAAGAUCUGAACUAUACGCUCGUGCCAGAAACGCAAUGCCUAAGCUUCUUCAAGCUCCCAAGAUUCAAGAUGUAAAGGAGAUGGAGAAAGACACAGACUUCAUGGUCCUAGCUGAGGAUCUCAUCAAACUCCUCGAGAGCUCGAUCCUUACAUUCAACCUUUUCUUAAAGAUGGAUAAGAAGAAACCAAAUGGGGUUACCAACUUGUUUGGGAACCAUAACAAUAUGAAUUCUACAACCCCUUUGCAGCUAGUUCAGUCAUCUAUCGAAAAGAAGAGGGUGAAAGCGAAGGAGCUAUCCAAGAAGACAAAAGGUCUGAGAAAGAAGUCUUGGCCUCAAACAUGGGAAGGUGUGCAGCUCUUGUUUGCUGCCGUUGACAUCAAACUAGCAACAAGGGUUUUGAGGAUGGGGAAAAUCAGUAAAGAGCAGCUACUGUGGUGUGAAGAGAAGAUGAAGAAACUCAACUUUUCUUCUGGGAAGCUUCAAAGACACCCAUCUCCUAUUCUUUUCCCUUCUUGUUGAUUAAACAAUAAUGAAGGUGGAUACAAUAAUUUCAGAUCUAGUUACCAUCUUUUUCAGACCAAUUAGUGAAGUGAUGCUGUGUUUUCCAUGUGCUUAGUUAUCUUUGCAUUAAGGUUUUAAAUCUAAGAAGAGUUGUUUUAUGGGUCAAUUAGAUUCAGUAUUAAGGGACCAUUUUGCAUGUGUUGUCGUGUGGAUGUAGGCACAUAUGAAAGAAUCCAAUGUUUGUCUUGUUGA